AUGGCGACCAAGAGCAUCGAGAUCCCGCCCUUUGCGGCCACGGAUCUCAAGAGCGUGUCGGCCAAGUGCAACACGGCUGCCGCGGCCUUCCGCACCAAUCGCACCAAGGACCUCGCGUACCGCAAAACGCAGCUGCGGAAGCUCUACUGGGCCACCAUCGACUACACGCCCCAGCUCAUCGAGGCCCUGCGCCGCGACCUCAACAAGUCUGCGUACGAGUCUAGGAUGACCGAGAUUGACUUUGUCACAAACGACUGUCUCUUCUUGCUGUCGCAGCUCGACAAGCUGGCCGCCGACGAGAAGCUGGGCUCGCCCGACAUCGGCCUCAGCUUUUACGCGGCCGGCCUGCGCACCCGCAAGGAGCCGCUGGGCGCUGUCCUGAUCAUUGGUGCCUACAACUACCCGGUCAACCUGCUUCUGUGCCCGCUGGUCGGCGCCAUUGCGGCCGGCUGCACCGCCGUGGUCAAGCCGUCCGAGGUCGCACCCAACGUCGCCAUGGUCCUCAAGGAGCUGAUUGAGUCGGCUCUGGACCCGGAGGCCUAUUCGGUCGUCAACGGCGCCGUGCCCGAGACGACGGCGCUGCUCGACUUCCGCGACCCCGGCGAGCUGGGCCAGAUUGACGGCGAGGAGCGCGGCUGGGGCAAGAUCUUCUACACGGGCGGCCGCCAGGUGGCCCGCAUUGUCGCCGCCAAGGCGGCGCAGACGCUGACGCCCGUGACGCUCGAGCUGGGCGGCCGCAACCCGGCCUUUGUGACGGCCAACGCCGACCUCGCCCUGGCGGCACGCCGUCUGCUGUGGGGCAAGACGCUGGGCGCCGGCCAGGUCUGCAUGUCGGCCAACUACAUUCUGGUGCAGCGCGACGUCGUCGACGCCUUCAUCCAGGGCUUGAAGGACGCGCACAAGAAGACGUUCCCCAACGGGGCGCGCAACAGCGAGCUGGCGCAUAUCGCCAACGAGCGCCACUUUGCGCGCAUCAAGAAGAUGCUCGACGACACCAAGGGCAAGAUUGUCCUGGGCGGCGAGAUGGACCAGAAGACGCUCUUCAUGGAGCCUACGUGCGUCCUCGUCGACUCGGUCGAGGACCCCAUGAUUCAGCAGGAGAGCUUCGGCCCCAUCUUCAGCAUCCUGCCCGUGGACUCGCUGCCCAGCGCCAUCCACAUUGCCAACCAAGUCGAUCCCACGCCGCUGUCUCUGUACACGUUUGGCAGCAAGGCUGAGAACGAGAAAGUACUGCGCGAGGUCAACUCGGGCGGCGCGUCCAUCAACGACUCCUUCAUGCACGGCUCGCCCAACACCGUGAGCUUUGGCGGUGUUGGCCACUCCGGCACCGGCGCCUACCGCGGCCGCGCCUCUUUUGACGUGUUCACACACCGCCGCACCGUCGCCGAGACCCCGUCCUGGAUGGAGGGCCUGCUGCGCGUGCGCUACAUGCCGUACGACUGGAGCAACCGCCGCAUGGUGGACUUCUUGGCGGCCAAGCCCAACUUUGACCGCAACGGCAAUGUCAACAAGGGCCUGGGAUACUGGUUACGCCUUGUGCUUGGCCUCGGCAGCCGCAACGCCCAAGAGCCUAGCGCCACGCCGGUGACCAACGGCCACGCCUGA